AUGGAGUCUGUUGUGAGGUCACGGGUCAAAGUUGUUGUCUAUAUUUUUCUCUCUCUUUCACUCCAGAGGUUUCAGUUUGCAGACUUCGCCGAAAAUUCCAAUAAAAUACCAAGUUCUGUAACAUGUAAAGAGAUAGAAAACAAAAAAUAUGACAACAACAUACUUCCAACAACUUAUAUAAUUCGUUCGAAAUUCAACAAGAAGAUCUUAGGAGGUCCCGCACAGAGACUUGAUUAUGCAGAAAAUAUUUAUGAUGAUUAUUCAACUAGAAAAAAACAGUAUGCAUUUUCGUAUACUGUAAAGGAUAUCGUUUCUGGGGAUGAUUUCUCCCAUACUCAGCAGCAGAAAGAUGGUGCUGUAAGUGGAAGUUAUAAGGUUCAUCUCCCAGAUGGACGGACUCAGGUUGUGCGAUAUCGAGCUGAUGAUAAUGGCUAUCAAGCUGAUGUAUCAUACAACGUAGAUAAAGUUCUCCCAACACCACGUCCAACCUUCAACUACCUCAAAGGCUUCAAUUCUGGUGUACAAGGAACUGAUCAAUCGAAAAAUUUCAACUACAAUCUCUACAUUGGACAACCAGUUACUAGUUCGACUUUAGCAACACCUGUAGGCACUAUUCCCACUUAUAACGCUCAAAGAAAACCCAUUAUUCCCGAUGACCAUCUUCAAAGUUAUAAUGCAGCACCAGAAGUUUAUUCUAGAUCUUCAGCAGAUAUUUUACCAACUUCUUCUGCAACUAUCUACCACCCAACGUCAUACCACAUUAAAACAACUGCAAUACCUCAAACCCGGAUAAGCUUCGUGUCCACCACUCCGGCUUCACCUUAUCAAGACAUUACUGUAGUACCUGUCAGUGAACUGCAAGCAUCUAUAAAUCCGUAUGGCGCGAAAAAAGCUUCUGCCAUUGAUCCAUCUGGAAACUAUGAAAACGGAAACACUGCACCUUCUUCAACUUAUGCUGCCAACUAUGACUAUGACUAUGACAGAGAAUACAAAAUUUCAGACUAUUCGGCCUCUACAGAGAGCACACCAUUGCAUAAGGAUGAUUAUUUGGAUUCUAAUAGAGUUGCGCUGUAUUUUCAGACAAAGAAAUAGACGUAUCAAACCCUAAUACUAAAUAAAAUAUCCAUUUAACUUUUCAAACAAAAA